AUGUCUGCGUACGUCCUUGCGAGUUGGUUCAGAGUAGAUAGAUGGAUACGUCUGAGGCGUGGGGAAGUUGGUAGUCAUGCAGUCAAAAUUGCGAAAUUACUCAAGAUGGAAGGUCAGUCAGGAUGUCAUGCUUGUCCUUUUGAUUCAUUCGUAUGUGUAUAUACUAGGGUUUUUGUCCACCUCCCCUAUAUUUUAAAGACUAAAUGUACUCGGUGUUCUUCGUUUAUGUUUAUUUUGACAGGUUUAGAUCUUCAGGAAGUGGUUGAACUUGCCCAUUUCAUUAAGUAUUUUUUGCUCUGCUUAAUCUGCCUUGUAUUUGGAGCGAUUGUAAUAAUUAUUUAG